ACCAUAUCUUACAUACAAUUAUCUUAUACACGUAUAUACAUAUGUGUACAUAUAUGAUUAAUAUAUCAUGAUAAUAAGAUGGAUAGAAAGGUUUAUGAUUAUAUCGUUGUAGGAUGCGGGGGUAUUGGAAGUGCUGCUUUAUAUUGGCUGUCUAAACGCGCCGGAUCUGGUGUACUAGGAAUAGAACAAUUUGAGCUUGGUCAUCACAAUGGAGGCUCCCAGGAUCACUCAAGAAUCAUACGCAUGGCUUAUCAUGAUGAUAUUUACACGAAGCUGACUCCAGAAACAUACAAAGCUUUCGCCGUGGCAGAGGAAGAAUCGGGAAUACAGCUGGUGUAUAAAACCGGAGGACUGUUGCUGGCAAAGAAAGGUGAAACAGAUCAUUUGGCCAAAAAGUAUGCAGAUGCUAUGGCAACGCACAACAUCCCGUACGAGUGGUUAAGUGGUAGACAGCUGCGAGCAAGAUACCCGCAGUUUACAACAGACGACAAAUAUGUGGCAGUGUACCAGAAAGAUGGCGGUCUUGUUGACGCAGCCAUGACUAAUGCCGUACAUAUUCAGCUUGCAAGAGGUAAAGGGGCGUCUGUUGUUGAAAACUGUCCCGUAUUAAACCUGGCUAGAAAUGAAAAUGGAACUAUCACGAUUAAUACACCAAAGAGCGAAUUUAUUUGUAAGAAAGUCGUUGUCACGUCAGGAGCUUGGAUUAAUCACGUGGUUGGAUCUGUCGGCGUUCACGUCCCUAUUUACGUCACACAAGAACAGGUGACGUAUUUGGCGACGUCACAUAUGAAAGAAUACGUAAAAGACAAAUUUCCAAUAUUCAUCUAUCACUCUACAAAACACGACAUUUACGGUAUGCCUAUACAUGGUAACAGCGGGUUUAAAAUUGGCGUAGACGCUGGGGGGCCUUUUGUUACAGCAGAGUCUAGGACCUUUACACCUGACCCAGUCCGGGAAAAUAACUGCAUUGACUUUCUGAAGGAAGUGUUACCCACGUCUGUGGGACCUAUUCUGUACAGUAAAACAUGUUUGUAUACGAUGCCUCCUGACCGGAACUUCAUCAUCGACACAUGUCAUAGAACUGGUUUUGAUGACGUCAUCGUAUGCAACGGCGCCGGACAUGCUUACAAGUUUGCCGGUCUACUGGGCAAGAUCCUCGGUGAAAUGGCGAUAGACGGAAAGACUCAAUAUGAUAUUUCACCUUUCACAUUAGACAGGGAGGCUCUAAAAGACCCGGACUAUAAACCGGUAUUUUUCAUGGGUACCGGAAACAAGUUGCCUGGUGGUGGCGAGAAGAAAGACAAGGCAAAACUGUAAAACAAGACUAAUAUGAAAUGUUCAAAGCAUUGAAAAAUAACCAGUAACGUAUAAGACUUUUUUAACGAACGUA